UUUUAAUUGGCAUCUUGUCGCGUUAGUUCGGUUAAGUUAUUUGCAUUUCGUCAAAAUGCGUUUUGAAAUAACAAUAAUUCUGUCUAUGACACUUUUUUCGACAUCAUUUGUCUUAGGCGAAGAGGUUCUUUUAAAGUGCGACGAAUCCGAAAGUAAUUACGAAAGUCAAGAAGCCUUUUGUACGGUUAGUGGAUUUUACGUUACACACAGUCAAAAUGUCAAAAUGAUGAAUUACACACGUGCCAAUAUGACAAAAUUCAUGAAAUUCUACGAUUCAACACUUUUAUAUCUUCCCUUUAAACUUUUCGAACAUUUUCCGAAUCUUCGAACUUUGGAUGUUUCGUUUACAGAAAUAUUAGAUGUUCCUCGGAAUACAUUUGCCUCAGCAAAUUAUUUAUCUUUUUUGAAUAUGAGCAACAAUAAUAUAACAACUAUUCAGACUUCGGUUUUUAUUGGAGCAAAUUCUUUAAUUCGAAUUGAUCUAAGUCGAAAUUUUAUCGAAGAUGUUAAUGAGUUUAGUUUUCGAGGUUUACAAAAGGUUGAUAAAAUUAUGCUGGCUUAUAAUCGAAUUCGAAAUCUCAGUAAGGAUGUUUUCUUCGAAAAUCAAUCUCUCGAAACGAUUUCGUUGGAGAAUAAUCUUUUGGAGUACAUCGAUCCGGAAGUUUUUUCAAGACUUCGUCGAAUUCGAGAAGUUAACUUAUCAAACAAUCGACUAAAAUCACUCCAUCCUGAUACUUUUCAGCUGGCUUAUGGGAUUGAGACACUUCUUUUAGGUGGUAAUCGGCUGAAAGAGUUCAGUUUGACAGAUAAGAGUAUCUUCCUGAGACUUCAUUUAGACAGUAAUCAGCUUACGUCAUUGGUCAUCAACUCUACAAAAGUAGUUCGAGCAGAAAAUAAUAGUAUUUCAUCAAUCACAGCUUUAAAUUCGAAUUUCUUGGAAAAAUUGGUACUUGGACGGAAUAACUUCACCGAUGUCUCCAACAUUACCAAUAUCACCAGUCUUUUAGUUCUUGAUUUGUCUUAUAACAAAAUUGGCCCGUUAAAUGUGACUUCGUUUGAAAAACUUCGUCGUCUUAAAGAGCUUUAUUUACGAAGUGCAGGAGUUUCGAAAAUCACUUUCGGCAUGUUUUCGAAACAGACGGGUUUGGAGACUCUCGAUCUCUCCUUUAACAACUUAACCUACCUCAAUUUGAACAUCUUUUUCCCCUACAUGUCGAAAAUAAAGAAUUUCUACAUUGAUGGAAAUAAUUUGACGGAAAUUCAUGGAAUCCAUUUUGCCUACGCCUUCCCGAAUCUUGUUAAAGUCGGUCUUUCAAGAAAUCGUUUUAAUUGCUCCUAUCUUCAUACGAUUUUAUCGCCACCAUUUUUAUCGGGUUUUGUUGAGUUGCACACUGAACCGGAAAAUUCUACAGAAGAUUCUACACACAUUCGGGAUAUUGUUUGUGACAGUACGCAGCAUGAAAAUCCUUCUACGAACAUUAAACCUGAGCCAGAAAUUGAUGUUUUGAGAAGUACAAUAACACGACUUGAAAGUCAUGGAAGGCGAUUAGAGGUCUAUCUGUUGGCUCUAAAAAUCCUGAUAAUUAUCCUGAUUUGUGUUUGUGCAGCAGGAUUGAUAUUGAAAUAUGCAAAUUGUGAACGAAGGCGGUUUUCGGGUCAAUUUGGACGUAAUGGUAGUAUUGUGUUUCGUUCUACUGCUACUAUGAAUAGUUCGAUGGAACACUGACAUUUCAAAGUGUUAAAAUUGUAUCUAUAUGCAUAUUAAUUAGAUUGUAACAGUUUUUGUAUUAAGUUAAACAAAAAUAAAACGAUUGAUGGUUGAAGUUCGUUUGCCUAUUGAUAGAGUCGAUCGUGUGAUGGUCGAGGGAAUAAUAUUUUUAAAACGUACUUAGUAUUCUUAAU